AGAACGAGAGAGAGAGAGAGAGAGAAAGAGAGCUAAUUCAGUCUCUCACCGUUCAUGAAAAAGUGAAGUUGGCGAAAAUUGAUUCGGAGUCAUCUUUUCAUUGACAUUGUUGGGUGGUGCGUGAUCCAAGCCCAGAGUUGGUCAUGAGUAAGAUGUCUCCCGCGCUACCAGUUCAAGCCUCACUCAUGGAUCACCUUCGGGGUCUUCAUGAGAAGGCCGAAGGGGGUUUCGGUAUGGUCACGGACUUUGCCAGCCAAAUGUCCGCCCUCUCGGCACUCAGUGUUCAACAAAGACAGUUUUUGGAACUCCAACAACGCUACCUGAGCUUGAACCGCCUCCCGUGGUUGUCCGGGGGCUCAAACUUGCACCCGGUCAGCGUGGCUCAUACCCUCCCGACCUCAGUGAUGAACCCCGCAACGUCUAGAAUGAGCCCCAGUAUCGCCAACAUGCCACCAAAGAGACCCAAUGGCAUGAUCGGGGGAUCCAAACCCAAAGUAGCCACCCCGGAGGUGGUCGGAAAGAUUGAAUCCUACAAGCACGAAAACCCCACCAUCUUUGCGUGGGAAAUCCGGGAAAAACUCAUCUCUGAUGGUGUGUGCACAAAUGCGACAGCCCCGAGCGUAUCAAGUAUCAAUCGAAUCUUGAGAAAUCGUGCGGCCGAAAGGGCAGCCUCUGAGUACGCCCGAACGGCCACGAUGCUCAACGGGAUGUACCCGGGUUACCCAGGAAUCCCAACAUCCUAUUACUCACCGUCGUUAUUGGGUCAGUUGGCCGCUGGUCAGACUGGACCGCAUCAAACCACGGCCUUGAUGACCUCGGGUCACCAACAUCACUCCGAACUCAUCCGAUCGGCCAAAGAGGACGAUGAGAACAAAAGUCCCCGACCAACCAUUGAUGUGGACGGUCGCUCAGAUGCGGGUAGCUGCUCGGACGAUGAGCGUCCUCAAUUCAGACGCAGCCGCACCUCAUUCAACUCGGAACAGUUGGAAAUGUUGGAGAAAGAGUUCGAAAAGAGCCACUACCCUGACCUGAAAACCCGCGAGGAACUCUCCACCCGGACCAAUUUAAGCGAGGCCCGAAUUCAAGUUUGGUUCUCGAAUCGCCGUGCAAAGUGGAGGCGCCACCAUCGCAUGAGUCUCUUCCGUCCUUUUGAAUUAGGCACACCCACUCACCCCGCCUCAUCGUCCGAUAGUCCAAACAAUGUAGCUGAAACACACUCUCCCCAAGGAUCUCCCGUUGGAGGCGUAUCACCUCCUCCCUCGUUGCACGCCCCUCUAGCUUUGAAUCCCGCUCUUGGGAUCGACUUCACCAAAAUUUUUGCCAAAGCACAAGAAGACAGAAUGAAAUUGGCCAUCGCCUCCAAGGCCAACUAAACAUGUCAAUGAAACCUUUGACGACAUCAUUAAUAUAUCUAAUUAUUGUUUUUGCACAACCACUUGUCACAUAUCACACAAUAAAUUUCUCGUUGUUAAAUAAU